ACGUGAAACGGGUGGUUUUAAUUUGCAACAACGGUGAGAAGUUCCUGACGAAGGAAGGGACGCAAAAGCUGUGUGUGAGAACAGUGGUUUGGUUGUCGGGAGGUAAGUUUUGGCUAAACCAAACGUUUUUCCACCGCAAACUAUUGCUUAAAAGAGCUGUGUUUUGUUCGUGCAGCGACGGUCUGAUAAAGGAUAUUGGACUAGCGAGCACCAUUGAUUUCCAAUAUGCGGGGUGCACGUUUGAUAAAGUAAUCGAUGCAACUGGCAUGCAUGUCAUUCCAGGCAAGUAUCAGUGCAAUACACCAUCCUGGACAAUAGGGGCGGUAGAUCUAGGCGUGCACGAAGGCGUAAACAUGGUUUGUGCUAUCUGGGAUCCUUAACCCUAACCAUAACCCUUUCCUAAUGCUAAACUUAACCCGUACCAUUUUAAAUGUACAUUUCAAUGGUGUAGGGACGUCCCAAGGAUCCCGGAUAGUAAGGGCCGUGUAAACAUGCAACCUUGGCCACGUUUAUUUGACAAACGUUGUCGAACGGUGCAGAUAGAAAUGCCAUGAAUAGGGCUGACGUUAUUCCUUAUUCUACAUGUCAGCACAGGAGGUGGGUGGCACAUCAAUUGAGGAGGACGGGCUCAUGGUAAUGGCUGGCGCGGAAUCAGUGGAAUGGUAUCAAACACAUGGUUAUGAGCUGUUCUCCCCUCCACAGCCUCCUGUGUGUCAGAGAGCCAUGUUUGGCCUACCUGGCAUAUUUGAAUGUUCCAAAACGUUUGGUCCUGCCAAAUGCUCCCCUGUUCUAUUGAUACAAAUAUUUGAAUCUUUGGUUUAGUGUUCUAUCAUGUAGAGAAUUAGGUUUUAUAGAAAUGCAGCUGUGCUCAUUGUAUUAUUACGUUUCAGGAUUGGUUGAUGCACACACCCACCCCAUAUGGGCUGGAGACGGGGUUCAUGAAUUUGCCAUGAAGUUGGCUGGUGCCACUUCCAUGGAUGUGCACCGUGCCGGAGGAGGGAUCCACUUCACAGUGGAGCACACCCGCGCUGCUCUUGCCUCCACCCUGCUGGCCUCUCUGACAGGCAGGCUGGGUCGGAUGCAGCGGGCAGGCACCACCCAGGUGGAGUGUAAGACUGGCUCCGGCCUGGAGCUGCAGACAGAGCUGAAGAUGCUGGAGGUCAUCGAGACGGCCAGACGUACCCUACCAAUCAAUAUUUCGUCUACCUACUGUGGAGCACAUGCUAUCCCUAAGUACUGAACACACACUCUCUACACCAAUAGUCCCCAACCAGGGGUACUAGAACCCCUGGGGGUACUUGGUCUAUCCACAGGGGGUACUUGAGAAGACUCAUAACACCAUAGACUUGCUGGUAAAAUGCACGUGAGGGGGUACUUCAGAGGUACUCUGGUCAGAGCAAAAUUCAGUUGAUGGUACAGUAACAGAAAAAGGUUGGGAACCACUGCACUACACCAUGUUGAACACUCCCCAUCCUAAACAGACACCUCAAUUCCACCCCGUCGUGACCUCACAUUCACCCACACCCAUACAGCUAACCCUACUGACUUUAGUCCUCACUAGGUGUUAUUAAAUACCCACCCCUUCUGAUUCUUUCCCAGGGGUAAGACUGUCGCCGAGGCGACAGCAGACAUCCUUCAGGUCCAGUUGCCACGGCUGCGUGAGCGUAUGUCAGCGGGGGCCCUGAGGGUGGACAACAUAGAUGUGUUCUGUGAGCAGGGUGUGUUUGACCUGUCCUCCACGCGCUCCAUCCUGCAGGCCGGCCUGGACAUGGGCCUCAGCAUCAACUUCCACGGAGACGAGCUGCACCCCAUGAACUCUGCACAGCCAGUGGGGAUGCACCUGGCGUGUGUCAACAUGAGGAUGUCCAUGCCCGAGGCUCUGACCGCCUCCACCAUCAACGCAGCCUACGCCCUGGGACGCUCUCACGCGCACGGCUCCCCGGAGGUCAACAAACACGGCGACCUGCUGGUUCUCAACGCACCACGUUAAAGUUGCCGUCAAUAAAUACUACUAUAUUGUAAGAGCUGGCUUCAUUUAGUGGUCAGACACCACACUAUGGUCCAGCUGACCUUUAAGUCAUCUAGCUGCUGAAAGGUUAUCUUGUAGCUGUGAUGAGGACUGUGCAUGGUGUUGUCUAAAAUGCAGUAGCUGUGUGAAUGGAACCGAUUGGUUUGUGUGAGACUGCCUAAGGUUGGGUUGAUUGUGUGAGUGAGACUACCUAAAGUUGUGUUGAUUGUCUGUGUGUGGCUGACACUUUAGUGUAGACUGACAGUGUUGUGUUGAUGGUGUUGUCCGGCGGGUGAGAGCAUCUCAUCUACCAGUUAGGAGGACACCAGGAACUGAUCCACUACGUUGUCAUCAGGGGCAACGUCGUUUACAACAACGACAAAACCAUGGACUUCCAACUCCAAAAUUGGUUUUGGAUAAUUGUUAACCCAAGCCAGACUCCUUCGCACUUUUCUUGCUCCUCUUUGUAUGUUUGACGUUAAUAGUUGCAGAAAUCUACACAAGUGUAAAAGUUGAGGUUUAAACCCACAAACUCAAGGUUAUGUGACAGGGGUUCUAACCAUUGAGCCAUAAAAUCCUGCACGUUCUCUCUUGAACAUACAACCUCAGAAUCAUGAGGCAGAAUUCUGUAAUAUUCUGCAGAAUGAGGUGGCAUUGUUUCUCCUGGGGCACUCCUGUAACAGUACUAGAUGAUGAUGAUAGUUCACUCCUGUAACAGUACUAGAUGAUGAUGAUAGUUCACUCCUGUAACAGUUUCUAGAUGAUAGUUCACACCUGUAACAGUACUAGAUGAUGAUAGUUCACUCCUGUAACAGUACUAGAUGAUGAUGAUAGUUCACUCCUGUAACAGUACUAGAUGAUGAUGAUAGUUCACUCCUGUAACAGUACUAGAUGAUGAUGAUAGUUCACUCCUGUAACAGUACUAGAUGAUGCUGAUAGUUCACUCC